AUGACCGUCACGCGGCUGGACCAGGGGCAGCGCCACCGCCCGCGAAUGGCGUUCCUGAAAAAGAUUGAAACACUUAUGAUGGAAAUGCAGAAUCCAGACACAGGCCUCAAGAUGCACACUCAGAGGGUGAUGAUCACAAACAUCCCACAUGCCAUGACAGGUAAUGAUAUACUGCAGUGGAUUCUCCAGCGUUUGCAGAUCACUGAAGAAGAGGCACUACACCUGGGGGACCUGUUUGUCAAAUAUGGAUACAUCUACCCUCUGCAGGAGCCAAAGAAUCUCACUCUUAAAACAGACAGCAGCCUGUACAGGUUCCAAACUCCCUAUUUCUGGCCUGCACAGAGCUGGCCUGCUGAUGACACAGACUAUGCAAUUUACUUAGCAAAGAAGAACAUUAAGAGGAAGGGAAUUUUAGAAGAAUAUGAAAAGGAACAUUACAACAUGCUCAAUAAAAAAAUAAACUACAAGUGGGACUUUGUUAUUAUGCAGGCCAAAGAGCAGUAUAAGGCUGGGAAGGAACGGAAGAAGGCAGACAGGUACGCCUUGGAUUGCCAGGAGAGAGCCUACUGGCUUGUGAAUCGAACCCCUCCCGGCAUGCAAGAUAUCCUAGAGUAUGGAUUAGACCGAGUAACAGAUCCCAAUGAAAAUAAGGUAAACCAGAAAAAAACUAUGGAUGUUUAUAGGAGAGAGAUCAUGUACUAUCAGCAGGCUAUCAUGAAGUCCAGAGUAAAAUCUUCUGUCUCCCUGGAAGGGCUUGUGAAGUACUCGGAGCAGUUCCUCUCCAAUGAUCCUAUCCUGUCUGGAUGUCUCCCCAGCAACCCUUGGAUAACAGAUGACCCUGAGUUCUGGGACCUCAAUGCAAAACUAGUGGAAAUCCCCACCAGAAUGCGUGUGGAGCGAUGGGCCUUUAAUUUCAGUGAGCUGAUAAGAGACCCAAAAGGUCGACAGAACUUCCAGCUCUUUCUGAAGAAAGAAUUCAGCGGAGAGAAUCUGAGUUUUUGGGAAGCCUGUGAGGAUCUCAAGUACGGAGACCAAUCCAAAGUCAAAGAAAAAGCAGAAGAAAUUUACAAACUCUUCCUGGCUCCAGGAGCAAGGCGUUGGAUUAACAUUGAUGGCACAACCAUGGGCAUCACUGUCAGAGGUCUCAAGCACCCUCAUCGUUAUGUUUUAGAUGCUGCUCAGACCCAUAUUUACAUGCUGAUGAAAAAGGACUCCUAUGGUCGCUAUUUAAAGUCUCCAAUAUACAAGGAAAUGUUAGCCAAGGCUGUUGUGCCACAGGAGGCCGUCAAAAAAAGCUCUGGUUUCCUAUUUGGACGCCGCCACCUCCGCUCCAGCCCUAGCCCUGUCAUCCUGAGGAAGCUGGAGGAAGAGGCCAAAGCCAAAGAAGCUGCUACGACUGUGGACAUCACGCAGGUUAUGAGCAAGCUGGAUCGCAGGAGCCAGCUCAAAAAGGAACCUCCCCAAUAGGCUGUGAGCCCUCCCCGGCACAGUGCAGGGAAAAGACAAACUGAGGCUGAUGUUGAGCUUCGUCUCGCCUUCCUGAAGGUGUCAGUGCUGCUUUGUGCUUGCCAGGCCUGCUCUGCCAGCAGCCUGCGUGCUGCAUGUUGCCAUGGUGUCUCGAGCAGCAGAUGUCACUUCUCAGGCAUGGAAGUGCUGCUGGAGCCAGGCUGCUGGCUGGGCAGGAGCCAUGGCACAGGCCUGGCUCUGCUCCCUGUGCACUCCAGAGGAGGAUGUUUUCCAGUGCCCUGAGCCCCCAGGAGGCUUGGGUGCCCUGAGUCAUCUCUCUACCUGCUGCUUUGCUUCUAGCAGUCUGGGAGCUGGGAUGGCACAAGGCAAGGUAAAGCUCUGCUCCUUUUGCUGUCCCAGCCCUUUGGGUUGAAAUUGGCCUUAUCCAGAGCAGAGGUGGACGACCCCACUGGGAGCAGAGUGAGGCAGCCCACCUUAGAGCAUGACAGUGUGGGCAUAUGUCCUCUUGGAAGGACAGCUCACUGUGGAGGUGGACAGCCCUGACAACCCUCCAAGUAUCCUGCACCUGCUAAACAAGGCAAAGGAGCUACAGACGGAGCAGUGGGGAAGUCUUCCCCACGAGAUUAAUAUGAUGAGUGUUCCCAAAGGUUUGGGUGACCUUCAACUUUAAUGAUGCUCCUAAGUCUCAUGUUCACCUUGGUGAUGAUUAGUGGAAACAUCAGGUGUUUCCUCCUGUUAGUCUUUCUCAUGAUGACCUAGGUAUGCAGGCUUACAGAGCAGUGUCUUGCAAGAGCCUGCAGGAGGGCUUCAAGGCUUUGUGUUUCUUUUAUCAAAUCCUUUCUGACUUGUCUUGUCUUUUUCCUGCUCUUCUAUUUUAUGUUCUAAAAAGAAAAAAAACAAAAAACAAAAAAAACUUCAGAUAGUUCCAGUUGUCCCUGGUUUGUAGCCCAGAGGCAAGGAAGAACCAGGACAGAAGCAUUAAGAGCUGAUUUCAGCUUUAAGGAGUGUUUUCUCUUUUGCUUUUUAGAAUGAGGAAACCUAAACAACUAGUUUAGUGUUAGUGUUAAAGAACUCAGAGAUUCUGGGCUUUGCUGGGAAGCCCCUGUAUGUCUGCACCUGUCUUGUGAUCACCAGAAGUGAGAAGAUUCCCACAAAGCCCAGUAAAAGGAGCAGGGAGACAAAAAAGCUUUCUUGUUGGUUAGAAUUUAGAAGAAGCAGAGGGACUGGGUGGGAAACACUGAGGCACAAGAAACCUGUUAAGUCCUUCUGUUUGUGGUCUUUCAUCAUUCCUACCAGGAUGGUUUUACAGCAAAUGGAUGCAAACUGGAUGCAAGUUAUCAGUGUGUGUAUAGGACCAGCCUCUCACUAACAGAAAUAGUUGAAUGAUAGCUAGGUCCCUAACAGCUUUGAACAGCAUUUCUUGCCCUCCCUGUGCAUAUUAUCAGAGACUGAAUCAGGGCUAUAUGAUCUGAGUCGGUAUCACUGCAAAACUAGUCUCCUUCACUUUACAGCUGAGCUAAGGUGAUUUUUCUUGACCUCUUUUAACCUAAUGAUGUUAAAUCUUCUUAGAGGAAUUGAAACCAUGUUGCAUGAGUCUUUUACUCUGAUGUAAAGGCCUGCUUGCUAAGUCUCUGCUCUUGUUCCCAAUGGAAUCAGUGGCAAAUUUUGCAAUGCCAUAAGGGGAAGCAGGCUCAGACUGUAAACUUUUUAAUUCUGCUUGCAACUACAAGGCUUAUUUGUGUGAGGUACUGAGCACCAUCAACCUACCUUGAGAUAAGGGCACUGAAGGAUACUUGGAGCUUGACAGGAUUGGUCCAAAGCUAUUUGGAUGUGGUGAGCUGUACAAUCUCUUGAGAAUUUGUAUAGGAAAAAGCACUGGGCAGACUAGGAUUGCUGGUAUGCAAUAACAUGUAGAAGAUCAAGUCAGGAUAUAAAUAACAAAUAAUGUGUGUUCCCAUUGGCUGCUCUGAUUCCACUUUUCUUUUGUAACUUCUGUUUUUUGUUAUUUCUAUCCAUUUCUUUCCCUAUUUUUUAAUCAUCUCAGCUUUGCACAGUUAUCCCCCUUGCAUGGGUUAAUGCUGCAUGUUCUGGAGUCACUGUGCUUGUGAAAGAUCAGUCCCAUCUUGCAGGCAGAAGCUGGCUCUGUUCUGCUUGUAGGCUGAAUAAGCUGUCAUGACCCAGCAUACUACUCCUUGCUCCCUUGCUGCUUGCUCUCUCUGAAGAGGAAGGUUGCAUAGUACAAGGUGUGACCGUGGUACGAAUUGAACUGAACUUGUGUCAGCCAAGAAAUGGUUUGUUUCCAUUGGAAAUCAGAGCAAUAAGUUGUUUCGUUUCUUGGCCAUCACUUCCAUGCAUUCAUCUGUCUAAUAAAAAU